AUGAAGCUAAUCACCCUUUUCGCAACCCUCCUCGCAUCUUCCGCCCUUGCGGUGCCCACCCCUGACGUUGACGCUACCGACUGCAAUGUCCCAGGAGGCUGCUACAAGCGGGACGUAGAUGCCACCGACUGCAACGUCCCUGGUGGCUGCUAUAAGAAGAGAGAACCUGAGGUUGCCAGCGUCGACGCCACUGAUUGCAAUGUGCCAGGUGGUUGUUACAAGAGGGACGUGGAUGCCACGGAUUGCAAUGUCCCGGGCGGCUGCUACAAGAAGGAGAAGAGGGACGUCGACGCGACUGACUGCAAUGUCCCUGGAGGUUGUUAUUAG